GUCAAUGAUAGUGGCAACAGUCAGCUCAGAGACUGGUGAGAAUCUCAAAGGAAAUACAAAAACAGUCAGGGAUUCUGAACAUGAAGAAAAGUAAUCUGAGCACAGAUCCUGAACAUAUGAGAUAUGAAAUAUCUCAUGAUGAAGCAGCCACUAAGAGUAUAACUGGUGGUGUCAAAAAAGAAGAGAAGGCCCUGGCUGUUGGUUUUUUCCAGUUGUUUCGCUUUGCCACAUGGCUAGAUAUUGUCAUGAUGGUCGUUGGAGGACUGUGUGCACUUAGCCAUGGUGCGGCCUCUCCUCUCAUGCUGCUAGUCUACAGCAUGAUGACUAACGUCUUUGUUGCCUAUGAGUUAGAGAUUCAGGAACUUGCUGAUCCCAACAAAAUGUGCAUUAAUAACACAGUCACCUGGACUAAUGGGACUGUUGCAAAGCAGGAAGAUAAUACCACUGUGCAUUGUGGUGUAGAUAUUGAGGCACAGAUGACCAUGUUUGCUUAUUAUUAUGUUGGGAUUGGAGUGGGGGUGUUAAUUCUUAGUUAUUUUCAGAUUGCUCUGUGGGUUUCUGCAGCUUCAAGGCAGACUCAGAGAAUCCGAAAAACAUACUUCAGGAAGAUCAUGAGCAUGGAAAUUGGAUGGUUUGAUUGUAAUUCGGUUGGAGAGCUGAACACAAGAAUAUCUGAUGAUAUAAACAAAGUCAACAAUGCAAUAGCAGAUCAAGUAGCCAUAUUUAUUGAAAGAAUCUCUACAUUUAUUUUUGGUUUUCUGGUGGGCUUUUUUGGAGGAUGGAAGCUGACACUGGUGGUGAUCGCAGUAAGCCCUCUAAUAGGAUUGGGAGCAGGACUUAUGGCCAUGGCAGUUGCUAGACUGACAGGUCGUGAGUUGCAGGCCUAUGCCAAAGCAGGUGAUAUAGCUGAUGAAGUCCUCUCUGCCAUCAGAACAGUUGCAGCAUUUGGAGGAGAGGAAAAGGAGACAGAAAGAUAUGACAAGAACCUUGAGGAAGCUCAGACUUGGGGCGUAAAGAAAGGAACAAUCAUUGGUGUAUUUCAGGGUUAUCUGUGGUUCAUCAUCUUCCUUUCUUAUGCUCUUGCAUUCUGGUAUGGAUCCAAACUUGUCAUUGAAACACAGGAGCUCACACCUGGAACUCUCAUUCAGGUAUUCUUUGGCGUCCUUAUGGGAGCCAUAAACCUAGGUCAAGCCUCUCCAUGUCUAGAGGCCUUUGCUUCUGGUCGUGCUGCAGCUAAGAGCAUCUUUGAGACAAUUGACAGGGAUCCCAAAAUUGAUUGUUUCUCUGAAGAAGGGCACAAGUUAGAGAAAGUGAAAGGUGACAUUGAAUUCCACAGUGUUCAGUUCAACUAUCCCUCCAGACCCGAAGUAAAGAUUUUAGAUACUUUAGACUUACAAGUUAAAGCUGGGGAGACUACAGCAUUUGUUGGACCUAGUGGAUCUGGAAAAAGUACAGCAGUUCAGCUUAUUCAGAGAUUUUAUGAUCCUCAACAAGGAAUGGUCACCCUGGAUGGCCAUGAUCUUCGAAGUCUGAACAUCCAGUGGCUGCGUUCAUUGAUAGGCAUUGUAGAGCAGGAACCAGUUCUCUUUGCCACAACUAUAGCAGAGAACAUCCGUUACGGCCGACCAGGAGUCAGCAUGGAGGAGAUUAUACAGGCUUCUAAAGAAGCGAAUGCUUAUAACUUUAUUAUGGACCUACCACAGAAUUUUGAUACACCGGUUGGAGAGGGUGGAGGUCAGAUGAGCGGUGGGCAGAAGCAGAGGAUUGCUAUUGCUCGAGCUCUGGUCAGAAACCCUAAAAUCCUUUUGCUGGACAUGGCAACCUCAGCCCUGGACAAUGAGAGUGAAGCUAUAGUGCAGGAGGCACUAGACAAGGCCCGUGUUGGCAGAACUACCAUCACUAUCGCUCAUCGUCUGUCUACAAUCCGUAAUGCUGAUGUGAUUGUGGGUUUUGAACAUGGCCGUGCAGUGGAGAGGGGCACACACAAAGAAUUAAUAGAUAGACAGGGAGUCUAUUUCACUCUUGUUACACUCCAGGAGCAAGGACGCAUUAAUCCGCUAACAGCAAAAACAUCUGAAGGAAGCAGUUUUGAGGAUGAUAAAAUUGAGCGGAUAACAAGUUUCAGCAGAGGAAGCUAUAAGUCAAGUUUAAGGCAAUCCUUGCGAAUGAGGUCACUGUCUCAAAUGUCAAGCAACUUUGUUGAGGCUAUAUCUGGAAAAAUUAAAUUUGACACUGGCAGCAUUAAAAUGACAACACUGACAGAAGGAAAGAAAUUUGAUGAUGUAGAAGAGAUUGAAUCAGCACCAGUGGCUCGAAUUCUAAAGUACAACCAGCCUGAAUGGCCCUAUAUGGUGUUCGGCUCUUUAGGAGCAGCCUUAAAUGGAGCCGUCAACCCCACGUAUGCCCUCUUAUUCAGCCAAAUCAUAGGGACGUUUGCUAUCAGAAACUUGGAUGAACAAAGAGAACAAAUUAAUGGGAUUUGUGUUCUUUUUGUCUCUGUGGGAGUUAUGAGUUUCUUCUCACAGUUCCUGCAAGGGUAUGCCUUUGCGAAGUCUGGUGAGCUACUGACUCGCAGGUUAAGAAAGACUGGUUUCCAGGCUAUGCUUAGACAGGAAAUCGGAUGGUUUGAUGAUCCUGCCAACAGCCCUGGGGCUCUUACCACGAGAUUGGCUACUGAUGCAUCCAUGGUGCAAGGGGCUACUGGUUCUCAGAUUGGCAUGAUUGUGAACUCUUUGACAAACAUUGGAGCUUCAUUAAUCAUUGCAUACUCCUUCAGCUGGAAGUUAAGUUUAGUGGUAACGUGCUUUCUUCCUCUUAUUGGCCUCUCUGGAGUCUUCCAAGCUAAAAUGUUGACUGGUUUCGCUAAUGAGGACAAGAAAGCACUGGAGAUGGCAGGACAGGUAUCCAGUGAAGCUAUGGCCAACAUCAGGACUGUUGCAGGCCUGGCAAAAGAGAAACAGUUUGUGGCUCUAUAUGAGCAGCAGCUUGAUGCACCUUACAAAGCAGCCAAGAAGAAGGCUAACAUCUAUGCCAUCUGCUUUGCCUUUGCGCAAUGUGUUAUCUUCAUGGCAAAUGCAGCCUCAUUUAGAUAUGGUGGCUAUUUGGUUAGUUUUGAGGGACUGCACUACGUGGUUGUUUUCAGAGUAAUUACUGCCCUUGUAACCAGUGGCACAGCUCUUGGAAAAGCUUCAUCUUUCACUCCAGACUAUGCCAAAGCCAAAAUUGCUGCUUCCCAGUUCUUCAGAUUUCUUGACAGAGUCCCUAAAAUCAGCACUAGUCAGCUGGAGGGAAGAAGAUGGGAUAACUUUAAGGGUAGAAUUGAGUUCAAAAACUGCAGGUUCACCUAUCCAAGCCGGCCUAAUAUCCAGGUGCUAAGAGGAUUAGAUGUGGAAGUAAGUCCUGGCCAAACUCUUGCUUUUGUGGGUAGUAGUGGUUGUGGCAAGAGCACAAGUGUUCAACUACUGGAAAGAUUCUACGAUCCAGAUAAUGGCCAAGUGAUGAUAGAUGGACACCCAUCCCAAGAAAUUAAUGUACCCUUCCUGAGGUCUCAGAUUGGAAUUGUAUCCCAGGAGCCUGUGCUUUUUGACUGCACAAUAGCAGAGAACAUUAAAUAUGGAGCUAAUUCACAGUCCAUCACCAUGGAUGAGGUCAUAGAAGCUUCCAAGAAGGCUUAUCUACAUGAUUUUGUGAUGAGUCUACCUGAUAAAUAUGAGACUUAUGUUGGGGCACAGGGUUCUCAGCUGUCUAGAGGGGAGAAGCAGCGAAUUGCGAUUGCUCGUGCAAUUAUUAGAAACCCCAAAAUCCUGCUACUUGAUGAGGCUACCUCUGCCCUAGACACCGAAAGUGAGAAGACAGUUCAGGCAGCGUUGGAUGAAGCUCGAUGUGGUCGCACUUGCAUUGUUAUUGCACACAGACUCUCCACCAUUCAAAAUGCUGAUAUCAUUGCGGUGAUGUCUCAAGGCAUCAUCAUUGAGAAAGGCACACAUGAUGAGCUCAUGGCUAAGAUAGGAGCCUAUCACAAGCUGGUUACUACAGGAGCACCUAUAAGUUAAAAACAAAUUUUUUUCACACCUAUUAGCUCCAUGUGAUACUACAGUGCAGAUUUACCUCAGGUUUUCAGUCUAAAACUGACUAUCAUUUUUUUUUCAGCUACGGUUUUACAUGCUGAAAUGAAAAAGGGGUAACAUGCCAUGUAAGCAUAAGAGAAAAGUGGGAAUAACAUGUCUUAUUAACAUAAUUUAUUGUACUUAUUUUAUACUAAUCUACUGUACUAGUGUACUAACCAAAUGUCAGUGUAUUUGUCCAGCAUUGUAUUAUAGGCAGAAUACUAGCUAGGUGACAACACUAUCAAAUGUCUAUUUUGUUUAAUUCCCCUUAACAGCAACACUGUACUCAGUUAUUUACAUACAUAACAUAACCAAUAUUUACAUAACCAAUAUUUCAGUAUCAAAUGUCUUUGAAAUAGAGGACAGAUUGUGUCUUGUUUCUUCUUUCUGCUGUGGUAAAUUGAGCCAUUAUGUCAAAGUUGGGACAAAUUAUAAUUAAACAGAGAAUUAGUUUAAUUAUAAACAUGUAAAAAAGAAAGAGAAAACCUGGUCUUUGUAUUAUUAAUUUGACAUGAUAACAUGUUAGCAAGUUAAGAGACUGCUGUAUACUGUACAUUUGUUAACUCUAAAUUUUAGUGCUAUACUAUUUGAUACUUUUUGGUACAAUUGCCAGCAAUAACGCUAUUGAUAACGCUUUGUGGUUAUCAUCUAUGUAGAUUGCUAAUUUAUUAGACAUACAACUUUAUAUUUCUAAAAUUCUAGUAAUAUUGAAUUGCCAAUGGGCCAUGACAUCAUGUAGUGUAUUGCAAAAUCCUAAAAACUUUCUUCAUUAUGACACAGAUACAAACUAAUCCAAUUGCUAUUUUAACUGUUAGAUAUUUGUGGCUGAUGUUUAUUUUUUGUAGUUUACAGUAUCUAAAAUGUCCAAUAUAAUAAAAAUCUACUAUAUAAAUAAAACUAUUACAGUUUACUUUUUUUCUAUUCUAAUGGCCUCUGGGUGACAGGGGACCUAAAAAUGCUGUGGCAA